CAGGCUCCACCUGAGACGCGCGUUGCUCAGCCCCGGACGGACGCGGGCGCCUCGCCAGGGAAGAAGCUGGGCACUCGGGCGCGGCCCCUUUAAGGCUGCUCCUGCCCGCUGGGGGCGAUGAGGAGCUGGCAGCGGCCGAGGAGCCAGGCGCAGCCUGACAGCCCCAGAGCGGAUCCCAGCAUGGAGCUGACACAGCAGCCUGUGCCAGCUUUGCCCACCCAAAUACACACCACUGCCAUCAGACCAGGGCUGGCUGGCUUUCCCUGAGAUGAUCUGAAGAGGAGCUGGAGAAGGAAGAGCUUGUUUAAGAUGACACGAACCGACCCACCUGACAUACUGGUGUCUAUGGUGUAUCAAGACCUAGAGGUGAAGUGCCCAGCACCCAGGGAUUCCAUCGUCUGCCAGCCACUGACACAAUGUGACGCCUUCAUGUCUGCGUCUUUGCCGCGCGACCCGCAGCCCUUCAACAAGCGCCACUGUAGGAGCUUUGACUUCCUUGAGUUGCUCGACGACCAGCUGGCCCCUGCUUCUGCUAUGGAGCGCCCCUGCCGGCACCCGGGCACCCCCGAGCCUUCCUCAGGCUCCGGAGGCAGGAAGGCUCCUCCCAGGCCGGACGUUCAGAACACCAGGCCACCCCCUCAUGGCAGGGAAGGCUCCAAGGAGCCAUUGGCUCGGGCGGAGCCAAAGAGGCGAGCGAGGUCCAAGAGCGCCCCUCGGGUGAAAUCCACUUUCACUCCCAUUCCCAUCCAGAUGUCAUCCUCGUCUCCCCCCAUGCCGGCCAGGCGGGGACGGGAGGCUCUGCGCCUCUCCAGGGAGCCUGCGAGGACGGAGACGUCCCCGCGCAGGGGGAGCGGAUAUGCCCCAAUGAAGGCCCCAAUGAAUGAGGUACACCCCAUCAAGCUGCAGCCCCAGCGGAGCAGCACCAGCCGCAUCUCCCCACUAUGUGUCAGCAGCAACUGCCCGGAGGAGGCCCCUGGUGGGAGGCCGGCCACAAGCCUGCAUGUCAAGUGCCGGAUGGACAUGAAGCCAGAUGAGGCGGUGCUGGUGCACGCGGCACGCAGCCUGAAGGCCCAGAGCAGGAUGGAGGUGCCAUACUGGCCGAGGCCGCCCGGCGCUAUCCGGAGCCUGACCAUCCCAAGUAGCAGGCAGGUGUCCAUGUCCCGCACUCCCACACCCAGCGAAUCCUACAGCGGGGAGCACAGGCUGCCCUAUCCCAACGAGUACUACGAAGGUGACCCCCGAGGCCAGGUUUACCAGGCCGUGCCCUCCCCGCAGGACUAUCCCGAGAGGGGCUGUGUGACCUUCUCCACUCCAAAUGUGCCCACCAAGUUCUUCUACACAGAGGAGCCAGCCAGGUGCCCUGGCCUCGGCAUGCCACUGAAAAGCUCUGGCUACGAGGCGUGUCCUCGCCCAUACCUAGGGCGCCACCUCCCUCCACAGCCCUUCUACACAGAGGACCCAGCCAAAGGUAAUAUCCACACCAUCCCACCAAGGACUUUCUACGUGGAAGAGGCUCGCACCUACCCCAUCCAGGAAGCCCCUGCCCACACCUUCUACAGAGAAGACCCUCGAUUCUAUGCCUCCAGGGGCAUGCCCACCAAACCCCUCUAUACAGAGGACCCCAGGGUGUACCCCGCUCUGAACACCUCCUCCCGGUUGUUCUAUGCUGAGGAUUAUGGCAAAUACCACGAGAGGGAAUCCAUUUCGCGGACGUACCCUCAUGUCCGUAGCACCCAGCCUUUGCAGUUCAGCGACUGGUACUGCCCGGACCGGGGUGCACUGCCCUACCAGACCUUGCAGAUGUCCCGCUUUGCACCUCAUCCCUCUGGGCAGGAGGCCUUGCUUUCCUCUUGGCAUGCCAGCUACAGCGCCAACCAGCCCCGCCUAGGCACAGAUACCCGGCAUUACUCCAAAUCCUGGGACAACAUCCUGGCGCCCAGUGUCCGCAGGGAAGACCCCAUGUUCCGCGGGCGCAGCUAUGAGAACCUGCUCGCCCGGGAGCAGCACCGUGCCUUAUCUCCUGACGACCGGCGGCAGCCCGUGGUGAUCAAUCUGUCCAGUUCCCCCAAGCGCUAUGCAGCGCUCUCCCUCUCGGAGAACUCCAUCAUGGAGAAGAUGCAUGCAGACGGUGGGCGGUGCCCCCUGGGCCGCUCCUGGUUUGUCACCCCAGAAAUCACCAUCACCGACAACGACAUCAAAGCCAAUGGGCUGAGCAAGAGCGAGAAGCGCUCGGCCAGCUGGGAUAUGCUGGAUUCCGGGCGGGAUGGACAGCGCUCCCGCACCGCUCACUACUACUCGGAUCCCACUGCCAAAGACACCAUCCAAAGCAGCUCCGCCCGCCAGCGCAGCCUGGAGCAGUUGGACGAGUUGAUCACAGACCUGGUCAUCGACUCCAAGCCCCCGCCCAGCCCCCGCCCCAGCAACGGGGACAGCCUGACAGACCAGCUCAAGAGGCUGAUCGACAACGAUGCGCCUGGGCCUGCCAGGAAGCCGGAGGCCAGGAAGCCGCUGCCUUUAUUGGUGGGGGAGCCCAGGCCCACCAAGGAGCAGCCAGGCCCGAGUUCCUUCCACAGAGACGUACGCAAGGAGCAGGGUGGCCGCUCACUCGCCAUGUCUGUCUCCAGCAGCAGCUUUGAGAAGCAGCAGGAUGACUGCUCCCCGGAGCUGAGCGCGGAUGAGGACGACAUGAUGAUGUGUUCAAACGCCAAGUGCAAGCGCACGGAGACCAUGUUCAAUGCCUGCCUCUACUUCAAGUCCUGCCACAGCUGCUAUACAUACUACUGCUCCCGGAGUUGCCGCCGCGAGGACUGGGACACCCACAAGGAGAGCUGCAUCUACGGGCGUAUUGGGAGCAUCUGCCGGCACGUGCUGCAGUUCUGCCGGGAGAACGCCGAGGUGCACAAGGCCUUCUCGCGCAUCGCCAAGGUGGGGUACCUUUCCCGGGGGCGAGGGGUGCUGUUCCUGGGCUUCCCCAGCUCAGGCUCGGCCGAGAACUUCCUCCAGUUUGGCUUGGAGAGCCUGCUGAUGUCCCCCACCUACCUGUCCCUGCGGGAGCUGGAGGGCUAUGCGGAGAGCCUGGGGGAUUAUGCCCGGGAGUUGGGGGUGUCUGGCAGCCAGUACGACCCUGAGGAAUGUUUCCUCUUGAAUGUAACCGUGGCCGUUGGACAAAAAGUGCCUGUGAGGCCAUCCCCCAAGGUCCAGGUGCCGACAGUCAGGAAAUAUGCCAAGGUGGCCUUAGCCUCCUCCAGCCCUGAGAAACAGAUCCUAAAGAAGGAGCGGGACAUGGAGACCUUGAUCCUGACCCCCCCGCCUGGUACGGCGGACAUCGACAAGGAGGGGGAGGAAGGGCGGAAGGCCCGGGAGGUCUGCUUCAUCAACAUCCAGCGGGAGCUGCGGAUCCGAGGCGUCUUCCUGCGCCAUGAGUUCCCCAAGAUCUACGAGCAGCUGUGCGACUUUGUGGAGAGCAACAAGAGGUUCACACCCACCACCAUCUACCCCAUUGACAGGCGGACUGGAAAGCAGUUCAUGUGUAUGAUCAUGGCCGCCUCUGAGCCACGGACCCUGGACUGGGUCGCCAGCCCCAACCUCCUGGACGACCUCAUGUGACCAGCGCUGCCUGUUUAGUCCCCUUUGUAGACAGGGCAAGGGCAGGAGAGCAGCCCCGCCUUUUGGUGCUGCCUCAGCCAACAGAGAAGGGGUCACCAAGUUCUGCCUCAUGUAAAAUGCAAGAGAUGUGAGAGCAGCAAGAGGAGAGCAGUGCAGAUAAGCUGAUUGGCUGCCAAACACUGGACACAAGGCGCUGAUACCAAAUUCCUGCAUUCCCAGCCCAUACCCUCAGCUGCCCUAAGUCAGCAUGGCUCCGUUCAGCUCCAUGUCAAGUGAGUGACGCUGACUUACACCAGAUGAGGAUCUGCCCCAGGGAACACCAUGUGCCCACUACUGUGUUACAGGGUGCACUGGGGAGUUUUACCUAGGCAGUGGUUCCCAGACUUUAGCAAAUCAAGGGCCCCAAUUUUGAUUUUAAAAAUUUUAUGGACCCCUCCCCCCAAACCGCCCACUCAGCCCCAGGCCCUGCCUCCACUCCACCCCUUCUCCCAAGGCCCCACCCCACCUCUUCCCAACCCCGCUCCUCUCCCGCCCCUCCGCUUCCCUGCCUCUUUCCACCCUCUCUCCUCCCCCUCCCUCCCAGGCCCUCCUCCACGCCACAGAACAGCAGGAGGCACUGAGAGGGAGGGGAGGAGUUGAUCAGCAGGGCCAGCGAACCACUGGAGUACCCUCGUGGACCCCAGUUUGAGAAACGGUGACCUAGAGGGACUCAUAAAGCUUUCACUCUCCAUGCUGUGGAACCUGCUGGUCAGUGUCACACCUGGUGCUAGUCAGCGUCAGUUUCCAUGCUCUAGCUGAGGGCUGUUGUGUUUGGGUUGCCACGGGAAUGUGCCAGCCUUUAGAGACCAGUCCAUUUUGUUGUCAUUCCUGGGACCGCCCAGUCCUCUGCCAUCUCAUCAAUGCUCAUUUCUUACCAGCCCUUCUUUUGCUGCCAAGUUUGACUCCGCGGAGUCUGAUGACUCUAACCCUUUCAACUCCCUGGGGUUCAUGCUGGGGCUGUUAGGGUUUGACCCCCGAAUCUUGGAGCCACAGGUGGCCUUGGACCUGUGCCUGGAGCCUCCCUUGAGGUGAAUGGGGAGUGUUGUUGUAGACUUGGGGGCAUAAGCCCCAUUUGCUGAUGUGUUACUGGCCAUGUGAAAUGGAGAAGGGAGUUUGAGAACUGACCUUUCCCCCUUGACAAUUCUGUUACCCACACACUCUAGGCACUUCCGUGGGCUCAAGAUGUAACAUAGGCACCCCCACCCACCUUUACCCAGUUCUUAGGGCUCAGGGCAUAAUCUUUUGUGGGUCUGCAGGGCCUUUUACCAGUGAAGGAGCCUUACACAGUAAUAUCCUCUAUUUAUUAACAGCUACCAAAACAGAACACACUCGCUAAGCAGGCAAUGCUCACCACUCCCAAUAAGGCAGAGGAACUUUUCCUGGUGGCCAGGCAGGAUCAGGUCGUUUGGGGCUCCAGCUUCUGCACAGUCUGAUUGGCAGGUGUUGCGGUCUGGCAGCUCUGAUCUUGGGCUGUGUGCUGUGCUAAAGAACUUCCUUUUGGACCCCACUUUAUAUAUAGAUGCUUCCCGGGUUACGCAAACCCGACUUACACAAACCCGCACUUACGGAAAAAGUUCCGUAAGCUUUUUUUUGCGUGUGUGUGUGUGUAAUUGUUGGGUAUACGUCCCCCAACUUCCGCAAAAUUCGACUUCCGCAAGGCAUUCCGGAACAGAACGCUUUCGUAAGUCGGGGAGCGUCUGUAGUGAAACUUGAGUCCUGCUUAGCUCUACCAUCACCAACCAUUGUAGACUGAAGUGCUGCAAGACAGUAUUUUUCACCCAUCCUAGCCCAUUACAAAACCAUUCUUUACCCAAUCAGACCCCAGCACCUGAGUUGAUUUAAAUCUUGCAAAAUUAGUUAUGCCACAGACAGAAACGAUCAAAGAACCAGACAGAGACCCUACAGAUAAACAAUAGAGAAGUGGGGUCUGUAAAGACAAAACAAUAGAAGUAGAGAUUUCACAAUCACAACUGU